AUGAAAGGGCUGGAUCACCUGACGUUUGUGGGGUUCGUAAACUACCUAGCUCGUCAGGGGAACCCUUCAGCCGAGGAGGCUGCAGCUCCCCCAGUGGCGGCCGAUGAGGCUGCAGCUCCCCCAGUGGCGGCCGAUGAGGCUGCAGCUCCCGCAGCGGCGGCCGAUGAGGCUGCAGCUCCCCCAGCGGUGCCUGAUGAGGCUGCAGCGCCCGCAGUGGUAGCUGACGAAGCUGCAGUGCCCCCAGAGGCGGCCAACGAAGCUGCAGCGCCCCCGGUGGUGGCCGAAGAGGCUGCAGUGCCCCUGGAGGCAGCCAACGAAGCUGCAGUGUUACACUCUUGGAAACGGAGGAGGAGGAGGAAGAAGGCUUCUUCCGUCCUUCAAGGCCUGGAGGCCGUCCCAGAGCCGCCCAAGCUUCUUGUCCUCCCGGCUCUACCCUUGAUGCCUGCUCCGCCCAUGUGUCUUGCCUUGCCAGCUCCGCCCAAGCUCCUUGCCCUGCCGGCGCCACCCAAGUUCCUUGCCCUGCCAGAGUCUGCUCCACUCCACCCUGGAGGGCUUCAGCUCCACAGGUUCCGCCACACGGGCCUGGCCCACAAUCCCUCCCCUGGAUCCGCCUCUGGUCCACCUCCCUCCUGGACCUUUUUGUUUUCUGUUUUAUUUGUGGAGCGUCUGGAAUCCACUCCUUAA